UGAGGCAUACCGUACUUUCGUGAGACAACGUUCACUUCCUAAUAUAGAAAUUCAGGGCACGGUGAACAAAGUUACGGCGUUAUCAUGGUUCGUGUAAUUAGUCAGGAAACUUACGAUGAAGUUGUUAAUGAAAAUAUGGAGCAAUUCUCGAUGUCUCCCGAGGAAGCUAUUGAAGACGCAGUAAAACAAUUCGAAGCUCAGGGUAUAGACUUAAGCAAUAUCAUUAAAGAUUUAAUUAUCAGUGAUAGUAAUGAAUUGAUUGAUUCCUACUUGAGUCAAAUUAAUAUUGCCUUAGAGGAUAAAAGUUAUGGAAAUAUGCCCCAUAUAUUAGACAAAUUGGGAAAUGAAUUAGAUAAAGAUAUGGCACGUAGAAUCUAUGCAGGGAAAAAGGGAGCAUAUAAAUCUCUGAUAAAAUUAACAAAGGCUUGUUGCAAUAACGGCACAAUAGUAAAGGCAGGACUGAAAACUACUACUUCAUUGAUGACUGGUAAUCCAGAUUUAUUGAACGAUGAGGGAAUAGCCUUGCAAAUACAAAUUUUGGAAACAUACCCAGACAUUCCAACACUGCAAUGUCUUUUACGGUGGAUAAGAGAAUGUUGUAUUAAACAUGAGCUCAAUAGACAAGGUAUAUUCAAUGCAGAUAUCUUUAACAAACUUAAGAAGAUCUUAGUUCGUGAUGAUGCAUCUGGGUCUGAGUUGAGAGAUGCGUGUGCUGUGAUCAGAGCUCUGGUAUUAGACGACGAUAUCAGACACGAGUAUGGGAAAGCUCACGAACAUGCAAGUGUUAUUGCAAAGGGAGCUCUUAAUGUUCUUACUGGGUUAAUGCCAAGAUAUAAAAAAGACAAAGGGGUUGUGGGUGAUUUAAUGAUAACUUUAGCAGCUCUAAUCGUGAGAAACGAAUUUUGUCAGGAAGUGGAGGAUGCAGGAGGGCUGAAAUUCGUGGUAGAUGUGAUGAUUGAUUAUCCAGAUUCGGAGAAAUUAAAUUGGCAGGCCCUAAAAUUAUUGAAAGCCCUUGCUGGAAAUGAUAAUGUGAAGUCUCACAUUAUAACUUCAGGCUGUGGUCCCAUUAUUGUCUGUGCCAUAAGCCGGAUGAAAGACUCUGAGUGUGUAGUGACUGCUGGACUUGCAUGCAUUUCCGCCUUAACACUGAGGUGUUCCUCAAACGCUGGUGUGUUUUACGAUUGCGGCGCUCCGCUUGUAAUCAUUGACGCGAUGAAAGCUUAUCCUAAAAGCGUGCCGGUUUUGAAACAAGCUGCUUGGGCCAUCCGAAAUAUGUCUGUACGAAACAAAGCAGAGUGUCCGGAGUUUGUUGCUCACGGUGUAGAGGAUGUGUUGGCAAAAGCCCUGAAACUACACGGUCCUAAGAUCGAGAACGACGUGAAGGCGGCUUUGAGGGACCUGGGAUUGAAAGUAGAAUUGAAGGAGAGAUGGACUGGGAAGGGUGCAGGAUUAAGCAACGGGGCCAGUUAA